UAUGAUCAAAACGGACUCCAUCUAUCGUGAAUAGACCUUCGAGGAUCAAAGAAACUCUGAACUAUUGCAGUGUAUUCGUUCGAAAAGCGUAAUCUCCAGGCAUUAUUAAGCAAAUGUGUUUCUACGAUAUUCGUUGAUGAUACGUUUUUAUGAGCACUUAAAGACGUUGGCUGCGUUCAUUAUUGAACUGGCACAUGCCGUGUGAUCCGGUAAACUGGAAUCUCAAGGCACUUGUGUACGAAUAAAAACAACGAAUAGUCAACAUGUAAUAACGCACACAAUUAUCAAUUUUACAUAACAAGGAUACGUCCCAGGCAUUCGCGGCCUUGAAGUUUCGUGCUCUGAAAUUGGAUAAUCAUAUAUAGCUUAACCUGGGCUUGUGUUUUUUCAUCUUAACAAAGACCGCAGUUUAUUUACCCAGAAUUAUGGGAAACUCCGUAAAACCGUUUCGCGAAGAAUCGUGGACUAUUAAAACGACAAAAACGACAAAAAGAAAGAUUAUACGGCGUCGUUCGACAGAAUCUGCGGCUCGCAAAGUGGAAGACGCUUUUGAGAGUGAACAAAAUUCGUUUAACAAAAAUGUGACAAUAGACGGAACGAUUAGUCGAGUGUCUUCACUGGAUAACAUAAGAACGAUGUCGACUGUAAUUGCGGCUGAGCGGUUAAGACGAACGCUUAAAUCAUUAGAAAAAGGAAUCUACCCAACAAUGGAGGAUUUACAAAGACAGUUGACUUGCAUUGCCGUCCUGUUGGAUUCCUUAUCCACUUCAGAUGAAGAAAGAUUUCUACUCGGUCGAUGCCAGACUGCUGGUGAUGGCAAGAGUCCUGAUUUUGGCGAAUGUGUUCCAAGAGAGGUCCAGAAGUGGCUGACAGCAACAUUCACAACUCAGUACCAGAUCUCUCGCAAUCCUGGUCGAAAUCAGAUUAGAUUUAAACACGUUAUAUGUGCCGUAAAAUGCAGUCUGUACGUCGAAAAAAUUUACAAGGAGGUUUGUGGGAUACGAAUCCCUCCGAAAGUGGAAUCGUUACUUAAGACGGUGGAUGAUUGGACCUGUGACGUUCUUGAGAUAGACAAUGUCAGUGGUGGGCAAGCUUUGAGAUUUGUUGGCUUCGAGAUCUUCAGUAAAUAUGACAUUACUGAAAAAUUCAACAUUCCAUCAUCAAUGCUGGAUCAUUUUCUCCAUGUUAUUCAAACUGGUUAUCAGAAGUAUCCCAAUUCUUAUCAUAACCACUGCCACGCGGCCGAAGUACUUCAAACCGUCCAUUAUAUGUUGCUGAAACUUGAUGCUGUGAUUGCUUUGACUGAGAUUCAGACAUUCGCGGCCUUGUUUGCUGCCUUGAUUCACGACUAUGAACACACAGGAAAGACUAAUUUAUAUCACAUCAACACAAGGUCAGAAUUAGCAAUGCUAUACAAUGAUAGAUCUGUCCAAGAGAAUCAUCACAUUAGCGCAGCUUUUUUACUUCUUAAUAGGCAAGAAAUCAAUAUAUUGGGGAACCUAAGCUCUGUGGAAUACAGUGAACUACGGUCUUUGGUGAUAGAUAUGGUUCUGGGAACAGAUAUGUCUCUUCAUUUCGAACAGCUCAAAACAGUGAAGGCCAGUUUGGUUAACACAGACAUUAGCACAUUCGACCCAACGAAAUGCUUGCCUUUUGUUCUCCAUUGCGCGGACAUCUGUCACCCCGCCAAAGAAUGGUCCGUGCAUAAGAAAUGGACAGAUCGAGUGAUGGAAGAGUUUUUUGAACAGGGCGAUGCUGAAAAAGAUUUAGGCUUGCCAUUGUCUCCUCUUUGUGAUAGAAAUACGACAGUUAUACCAGAGAGUCAAGUUGGUUUCAUUAGCCUGAUCUUGUCCCCCGCACUGGACGUUUGCGGUGAGGUUAUAGACAGAUUAAAACAAGUCGGUGAAGAUAAAUUAAACGAUAACAAAGUCAAACCUUGUAAGACGUCUCCACGAGAAUCCAUGAAGAUAGGCCUUGCAGAGAAUUUUGACAGAAAAAGUUAUGUAAAUAAAGUUUGGACUAAACAUUUAAUUGAAAACCGUAAAAAGUGGCAGGAUUUGUGUCAAACAGAAUUGACAUGAAGACGUUGCUGGUUGGGCAUAUUUCUAUGGCUGGUUUUCCAUAGAUUGGGCGAUUCCUGAAGUAAUUAUUGAUCGUAAGAAAAUACUCUGGGCUGCUUGCGACCUAUUUUCCAGUUAAUUUAUUGCAUUAUAUCUUAUUCAAUGAAUAAUUUUAAUAUCUUUCAUUCUAAUUUUCACGUAACGUUUAUAUGUGAGGAGCGUUUUUACGUAUCCAAAGGGGUCAAAAAUGGUCAAACCGGUCAUAUUUUGAAUUGAAAUAGAGUAUUUCGUUGCGAAUUUAGCGGUGAAACUGCAUUUUCCGUGCUAGGCAGAUGUAAAAACGAUAUACUGAAUGCAGAGUUUUUGAAAACACUCUAAAUAAUUAUGUCUGUAUUAAAAUACGACAGGACCGGUUUUACCGUAUAAAGAAAAGCGACCCAAAUAACCUGAGGAAAUGUAAUUCGGACAUUACUGCGACACCGACCUUUCCCUAGUACUGAUAUUUGUCUAAAGCAAAAAUCCCUCUCAUACAUGGAGGAGGAACAUCUUUAAUAUAGAGACCGUUUCGUAUAGAUACUGCAAAAAGUGCUUUUGCAUAAAAUAAAGAUUUGCGAGUAAUCCCUGAUCAAGAUGACGGAUUAUUGGGGGAGAAUCAUAGAAUGAAGUAGAAAUUACAUCGAUUACAUUGUGUAUUGAAAAGAUAAUGAACAUAAACACGUUAAAUAAUUGAUUUUCAUCUAAACAUUUCCGAUAUGAACACUCUCUGACGAAGACUGUAAAUUGUGAAAUAAUAUUAUAGUUGUUGUUGUG